CGCGCCGUCGGAUGUGACGCGACUCCUCUCUGCGUGUUUCUUGUUCGCUCGAAGGAGGAGGUUCCUCGGAAAAUGGCCGACGGAGUGGAUCACAUCGACAUCUAUGCCGACGUUGAAGAGGAGUUUAAUCAGGAGUCUGAAUACAAUGUCCAUGAGCAAAUAGAUCUGUAUGAUGAUGUUAUCUCGCCGUCCGCCAACAACGGGGAUGCCCCAGAGGACCGUGAUUACAUGGAUGCCCUGCCCCAACCUGUGGGCAGUGAAGGUGGAAAAGGGGCCCCACCCAACGUUGUCUACACAUACACUGGGAAACGGGUUGCUCUCUACAUUGGCAACCUCACAUGGUGGACAACGGAUGAAGACUUAACAGAAGCUAUCCGCUCAAUUGGCAUAAAUGAUGUGCUGGAAAUCAAAUUCUUUGAGAACCGAGCCAAUGGCCAGUCGAAAGGAUUUGCCCUGGUCUGUGUGGGCUCUGAAGCAUCCUCUAGAAAACUGCUAGACCUGCUGUCUAAGCGAGAACUCCACGGGCAGAACCCCAUUGUGACCCCCUGCAACAAGCAGUCACUCAGCCAGUUCGAAAUGCAAUCCAGAAAAAGUACUCAGUCAGGGCAGAUGUCAGGAGAGGGCAAGGCUGGACCCCCUGGAUUGGGCCCUCGCGGUGGUUUCCCUCUGGGCAGGGGCAGGGCCCGGUUUCCUGGACCACCUGUUCCCCCUGGAGACCGCUUCCCAGGGCCUGUGGGACCAGGUGGCCCCCCUCCACAUUUUCCAGGAGGUCUUCAAGGCCCUCCCCGUCCUCCACCUGGACCCCCCGGCCCUCCUGGCCCCCCUAAUCCCCCACCUCCAGGACAAGGUCUCCCUCCCCCGAUUUCUGGCCCCCCAAACCGGGGUGAUCGUCCCCUGCCUCCAGUCAUGUUUCCAGGCCAAUUUGGUCAGCCUCCAAUGGGCCCCCUCCCUCCUGGUCCUCCUCCUCCUGUCCCAGGCUAUGGCCCUCCUCCAGGACCACCUCCACAACAGGGCCCACCACCUCCGGGUCCCUUCCCUCCCCGUCCUCCUGGCCCUAUUGGUCCGCCACUCGGGAUUGCCCCCCCACCACACAUGACUGGGCCACCUCCUGGUGGACCACCACCAGCUGCUCACGUAAAUCCAGCGUUCUUCCCACCUCCAGGAAACGGUGCUAUGCCCUCAUCUGAUAGCCGCGGGCCACCUCCAAAUGAUCCUUAUGGCCGCCCACCGCCAUAUGACAGAGGAGAGUACGGCCCUGCUGGCAGGGAGAUGGAGGCAGCUCGAACCCCUCUGAGUGAGGCCGAAUUUGAAGAGAUCAUGAAUCGAAACAGAGCUAUCUCUAGUAGUGCUAUUUCCAGAGCAGUUUCAGAUGCCAGUGCAGCUGACUACGGUAGUGCCAUUGAAACACUGGUGACAGCCAUUUCUCUGAUCAAGCAGUCCAAAGUGUCAGCCGAUGACCGCUGCAAAGUACUUAUUAGCUCCCUGCAAGACUGCCUACAUGGCAUCGAGUCAAAGUCCUAUGGCUCUGCCUCCAGAAGACGGGAGAGGUCUAGGGAGCGGGACCACAGUCGAUCACGGGAGAAGAGCCGUCGACACAAGUCGCGCAGUCGUGAUCGACAUGAGGACUAUUACCGCGAGCGCAGCCGGGAGCGCGAGAGGCACCGGGAACGCGACCGCGAUCGUGAGAGGGACCGCGAUCGUGAGAGAGAGUACCGACACCGCUAGGGAAGUUGAAGAGUAAUUUGUAUUUUGCUGGGCUACACCAAUCAAACUCCACCCUUCGUUUUGACACAGCUGAGGGACGAGGACAGGAAUCACUGGUCACGCCGGGGUCCUUCAGGGAUGGACUGUCUUCAGCUGUCUACUUGCGAUUCCAGGGACUGGCUCGGUGUGAACAGGGGAAUAGGCUGAAGCAAUGCCUGCACUCCUGGUGAACCUGUCAGCUUUUAUUUUUUAUGUUGCUUUUCAAGUUUUAUUUGUUAUAAGAACAUGUGUAAUUCAGUGUUACAGAGUUGCAAAUUAAGAUUCCUGUUCUGUACAAAAACACGCAAAGCUUUUGAACAAUGUGUUUGUUAGUAGACAAUUGUCUGGCUCUUUUUUAUAGGAUUUUUCUUCCUUGUAAUAGUGUUAAUGUUCAGAUAAUGUUUGUGUCAGCUUUGUUUAUUAAACAUAGAUUUAGUGUAAUAAACUGUUUACUGGGACUGAUAAUUGUCCAUUUACCACAGUGUCUUUGCAUUUCUCAACCUGCUAGUCAUAUGUUCAUUUAUAUUAAAUGUGGAUGUUUACUAGGACAACUUCAUAUUGAAAUACACUGAAUCGAGAGGGGGGCCUUGCCUAAUGUGGUCUGCUUAAAAAAAAAAAACUGCUUUAACAGCAGAUUGAACAAAACUUUUUAUCAAGGAAUAAUUGUUUAAAUAUAAAAAAGCACAUUUUUUGUAAUGCCAGUGUGCAUGCAGUGUUGGUCAAACAUUUUAAUGUUGUAGCAUAACCAGUGACACUGUCCUUUGAGAAUCUUCUGUUCAGUUACAUUUUUGUAAUUAUCUCCAUACCAGUCAUGUCACAAACAUGUCACCUUUCUAUAGCUAUCAGAGAGCUAAAGAGCGUUAUUUGUAAUGUAAAAAAAAAUGUAUUCAAUAAUGUGCUGCUGAUCACCAUUAUACUUGCCAUAUCAUAAA